AUGAGACGGGAAGAUGAGGAGUCUGAUGAAGAAGAUGAAGCAUGGCGCAACACACAAUAUGUGGUAGCCAUGGCUGCGGCCAUGGUGUGUCAGCCAACUGAGGAACAACCUCAAUGGGUUGGCUUUGUUGCUGGUUGCUCUUACAAACCACGAAACAGAGUGAUGACGCAUGCCAAUUUGAUGAACAACUACUUCAACCCCAACUUGGUGUACAUAGAAGAUGAUUUCAGACGUUACUUUCGGAUGAGGCGUCCUGUCUUCAAGCGUUUACUUAAUGAUGUCCAUCAGGUUAAUCUAUACUUUCAACAGAAGCUAGACAGCGCAGGCCGCUCUGGUUUCUCACCUCAUCAGAAGGUUACUAUUGAACUACGAAUGAUGGCCUAUGACUUCCCAGCUGAUUCGAUGGAUGAAACCCAUGAUAUGUUUGAAUCUACAUGUCUUAAUACUCUUGUUGAAUUCUGUAACAUAAUUGUUCAGCUUUACAAAGAGGAGUACCUCCGCGAGCCAAAUCAAGAAGAUCUGGAUCAGUUUAUUUGCAAAGCUGAAGACUGUGUGUUUCUGGGCAUGAUAGGGUCAUUAGACUACAUGCAUUGGAAUUGGAAGCACUGUCCCACCGGAUGGCAAUGA